AUGACACCCACUAAAAACUCACCACUGACGGAUCAAUUAAUAAAUCCAAAUGGAGAUAUAGAUACAUCACUAACUAUUUCACUUCCUAACAGGCCAGCCAUUGAACUUUCAGCAUCAAGACAAAAGGAAGGUCCAUCAGUUAAUUCAGUUAUAUCACUGAAAUACGAAGACAGCAAGGCCAUUCGCCUUGAUAGUCUCCAUCGCACUGGUGCAGUGAAACAACUCAAAUUAAAGUUUACAUCUCCAUUUACUUCGGAAUAUUCUGCUGAAGGUGUGUUCCAGGCAUCAAGAAAUAGCAUCAGAGCAAAUGCUAAUAUUGAGGCAGAACCUUUGCUUAGCAGAUGGUCGGUUACGGCAAGUUUAGACAGGACUAACGGAAUCUCUGGAAACUUGAAGGUAAACACACCAUAUCCUGCUGUUUCCUACAGCCAGAUUUCCAUUCUAAGUGAAAUAGUAGACGGCUCCAGACAGUCAUCAGUUGUAGCUGAAUAUGUUCCAGGUCGUAUUGUAAAACUGACCAGCAUGUACCUUUUCAAAUCUAAUAAAGACAUGCAAGUCUCCUUGGAAUUAUCAACACCUUUUGAAAUCAUAUCACAUGCUUCUACAGCUUUCAGACACCAAGGUGGUUUGUCAGCUUUCUCAAAUUACGGUGAAGUUGAAUACAAAUCAGAAAAGAUUUCUGUUGAGUCUAAAUUUUCGAUGACUAAUGGUAUUCAGAGUUCAAUCCAUAUAAAAUCUCCUUACACACAGGAUGUUUCUGGGUCUAUUCGACAUGACGGUACUAUGAAUAACUUUGCAAGUCAUGGUGAAGUUACAUGGGGAAAGACAGUUUCGGCAGAUUUAAAACAUGAAGGAUCAUACAAAAGAUUUUCCAGUUCUGCAAAGGUAUCUUCUGACAGCUCCAGUUAUUCUGGAAAUAUCAACUUUAAUCUUGGGCCAAAAAUGUCUACUGAAAUAUCUAUUGAAACUCCGAUAGAAAAGUUUGAAAAUGUGCGUAUUUCACAUGCAUUUGAAGGCCAUUUCUCAAAAUUUACCAACCAUGCUGAAAUAUCAUCCUCUGGCUUUGGAACCAUUUCAUCUGAUGUAAAUUCUGUUUUUGAGAAUUCUAUUUCAUUGACAGUUUCAGCACAAACACCAUUUACGAAUUUCAGGGAUAUGAAAGCAGUAUUUACACAUGAAGGCAGCCUUUCUCGCUUUACAACACAUGUUGAAUUUCAGAACGGAUUAUCUAAAUAUUCUGGAGACAUGAAACUUAAUACAGAACAAGCUGUUAGUUUUGAAACAAUAUUCAGGACACCAUUCAAGAAUUUCAAGAUGACAAGAUUGUCCUUGACUAGCGAAGGAUCUCUAAAUAACUUCAAACUCCAUGUUGAGACACAGCUUAAUAAGGAUACCUCUGAGGUAGAUUUGGUUUGCAACACUCAAAGGAAAUACGACAUUGAUCUGACAAUCAGAAGCCCAUACACUAACACCAUAAAAGCAUCUUUGGACCACUGGGGAAAUUGGAAAAAGUUCCAAAGUAAACUCAAUAUACGUUCUGGAAAAGACAAACUACUGUCAAGCAUUAAAUUUGCAAUCAGGCCUACGUUUAAUACAAUGAUCUCCAUUAAAUCGCCAUUUGCAUAUCUUAAAAAUCAACAACUGUCUCUUAAGCAUGCCGGAAGUUUGAACAGUUUUAAAUGUAAUAUGCAAUAUAAUUGCAAUGGGAAAACAUAUGUAGGUGAUGCUUCCUUCCAGAACCUCAAUGCUCUUAAGGCUGAACUCAAUUUGAAGGGCCCUACCUUCCGACCAAUCAAUGUAGCAGUUUCGCAUGACGGUACACUCUCUAACUUUAAGUCUGCAGCAGCCAUGUCAAUGGGAAAGAAAUCGAUUCAAGCAGAUGCCAACCUUAACAUGGUGAAAGGUAUUAAAGGCAGUAUAGGUCUUCUUACUCCAUUUGAAGGCUUUGAAUCAAUGAACGCCGCUAUUUCUCAUGCAGGAGAACUCAACAAUUUCAAGAGUCAUGGUGAAAUCAAAUACAAUCUCAAAUCUGGACAGGUAGAUGUGACUCUCGAUGCAACACGUGAUGUUUCCGCCACCAUCACAAUAACAACUCCUUUCGAAGGAUACAGAGACGUAACAUCCACACUAAAACAUACUGGAACCAUCGAUAAUUUCAAUACUUUGGCAACGUUUUCACGAGCGGGAAAAUCUAUUGAAGGACAAGCAUCUUUCCAGACAAGUCCGGUCUUAUCUGGUAGUGCAUCUGUCAAAUCAAGUUUUGCAUCUGUUGGUAAUUACGACAUGUCUUUUAAUCAUGAAGGUACCUUGUCUAAAUUCAGUACAAAUGGAGAGCUGAAUAUUGGAAAUAAAAGAUCAACUGCUGAGGUAGCAUUCGAUUCUACAAACGGCUAUGAAGGAAGAGUAAGCAUUGAUUCCCCAUUAAUGAAGAAGACGGAGGUCCAGAUUAAACAUACGUCCACAGACAAUUCCCUUAACACAAAUGCUUUCUUAGCACAAAACAAUGUGAAACAAUAUAGCAUCCAGUCGGACCUGAGUCGUAAACCAAUGAGUGGGAUCGUGACAAUUACUACUCCGCAUGAAGGCUAUGAAUCAACGGAAUUGUCUCUUCAUCAUGACGGAACUGCAAAUGAUUUUAGGUCAAGUGUUUCACUCGAUAUUCUAGGAGGCAGAUAUGAAAGUGAAAUUCUGUUUGCACCAUUGCCAGAUAUGCAAGUUUCACUUGCACUUAGAUCGCCACUUUCUAAAGAUAUUGAGGCUAGUAUUUCAUACCAGGGUAAACCAACAAACUUUAAUUCGAGGUUCAAUUACCUAUUCGGAAGAGAAAGUAAGAUGCUUAUAGAAACAAAUCUUAAUGCUGAUGGACCUUAUUCUGGAAAUAUGAAAAUCAUUUCACCUCUUAUGAAAAACAUAAAGGCAUCAUUCAGCCAUGACGGUGGAUUAAACAACUUCAAAUCCAAGGCAGAGGUAACGUAUGCUGGAAAGAGUACUGAGGCUCGUAUCAGUCUUCAAAUAAAUCCAGAUAUUGAAACAACAAUGCAUUUUACCUCACCUUUAACAGAAGAUCUUGAUAUCAAUUUUGCUCAUAACGGACCAUGGACAAACUGCAAAUCUAAUGGCGCUAUUACCUAUGGCGGUCAAAAACAUCUUGAUAUUGAUGGCCAGUUCAACUUUGAUUCAAAUUUGAAUGGUGAGCUGAAGAUAUCUACAUCAGCUCCAGGAUUUAGUACAAUGUCAACAAAGGUUAGUCAUGAAGGCGAUCUAUCCGGGUUCCAGUGCCACGGUGAAUUUGCACUUGAAGACAAAGCCGUAAUUGGGGAUAUCAAAUACAGACCAACUGAAGGAAGUGUGAAGAUCUCUACCCCUUUCCAUACAGAUUUUGAUGGAUCAUACAAAUACAGUCCAAAUGAAGGAAGCAUUAGCUUAUCAACACCAUUCAUGAAAAAUGUACAGGGAAAUUACAAGGUAAAGGAUUCACUCCAUAAUUCCUUAUCUGAUGUUGCAUUGUCAUAUGGACCGACGAAACUCUUAGGAAUUCGUGGAAACAUGGAUUACCCGAAAUCUGGUGAAAUUUCUUUUGAGACACCUAUACAGGGAUAUGAAAACACUCGCAUUGCUCUGACACGUAGAGGUGAUAUGGGUGGAAACGCUGAAUUCGAACUCAAUGGAAAGACACACCAAGCUGAUCUAUCAAUCAAUUCAAACGAACGAAAAAUGUCUGCGUCAGCAUCAGUGAAUUCACCCGUGCUUCCAAAGAUGUCUUCAGAUAUGAGUUUCAGUGGAACAGUGUCGAACUUCCAGUCGCACAUUGACGUUGUUUUCAAAAUUGACAAACACGCGAUUGACUCACAAUUUUCGAUGGGAAGAAAGAUAGAAGGAAGUAUGCUCGUGAAGUCUUCACUAAUCCCAGAACUUUCUGUGAAUUUCGACACAAACAAAGAUCUUUCAAACCUUAUAUCCUCGGCUGAUAUCUCAUUUGAUUCCAAAAAGAUUUUCAACAUGAGGUCAACACUAGAAAACGCUAAUAGAAAGGCAGUAAACAUUGAUGUAGUGAUUCCAGACAACUCUUUCAACUUUGCAUCCACCUUAGAUGGGAUACUUACAGAUUUUAAUGGACACGUAGAGACAACUGUGAAUAGUGUGAAAACCGAGGCAGAUGCCAGUUUCAGUUUGAAACCAGUUUCAGUGAGUGUUUCAUUGAAAUCGCCAUGGACAGGACCAGUCAGUUCAGCUUUCAAUCUUAAUGGAAAUAUUGCGGAUUUCAAAGGACAUGGUGAAUUUUCCUACAACAAUAUCAAGAAUGAGGGCGACAUUUCAUUCGGAAUGUCCCCACUGAGGUCCGAUAUUACGAUCAAAUCGCCGGUAAAAGAUGUAACCGUUUCAUUUGCUCACGACGGAAACUUUAGAAAUUUCAGAACCCAAGCAGACGUUAGCAUUGAUGAUCAGAAACUUGAUGCCGAACUCAUCUUCAAUAUUGAAACAGCUAUUGAGGGAAGUGCAAGUUUGAAUAUGCCUAACAUGAAACCUAUGAAGGCAUCAUUUGAGCAUACUAAUACUUUGAACACCUUGAGAAAUCUUAUGUCUAUGGAGUACGGAGAAAACACUCUGGCAAGCUCAGAACUUACUCUUUCAUUCAACCCAGUCAAAGCAACUGUUUCGAUAAAAACACCUUUUGAUGGCUACAAAACUGUGUCUGCUCUCUUCAGUCACACCGGAGGAAUGUUGGACUUUGACAAUCAUGCUGAAAUAGUCAUUCAAGGCAGAAAAUCCCAAGCAGAUAUGACUUUCAACUUUGGCUCAAAACUUGAAGGAAGAAUUUCUGCGAGCAGUCCAUUUUUCCCUUCAUCUGGAUUAGGAUUUAAUUUGUCUGGCAAUUUAGCUAAAUUUUCAACUGAUGCUGAUUUGACAUUUGGAGAUAACAAAUAUUCUGUAGAUGCCUCAAUUGACAGCAGGGUAGGCAUUGAUGCAUCAGUAACAGUAAACACUCCAAUAAAGGGCUACAAAACAGUUUCAGCAAAACUAAGUCAUACAGGUCAAUAUCCUAGGAUGAAUUCUUUUGCACAAGUGAAGACAGGUAGCAGAAACUUGUUAACAGGAAGCGCGCAAAUGGACAAUACUGAUGGAAUUAGUGGCAAACUAUCACUUCAGUCUAUAAUGACGCCUACAUUUCAAGCUAACAUGGAACACACCGGAAGUCUUUCAGAUUUUAACACAAAUGCUGAGCUUCGAAUAAAUGGAAAGCCAAUUUCGGCAAUUGUAGGACUCAAAACAACCCCAUCAGUAUCAGGCAUCUUGUCACUUACUUCUCCCUUCGCUAGGCCAGUGUCUGGAUCGUUUGAAUUAAAAUCUCUAAAGAAAGAGAUCUCUCUACAUGCAGAAGGAAACCUUGACAGCAAAUCAGUAGUUUGCGAUGCAUCAGUUGAUUAUGGUAAUACUAUUGGCGCAAACGUUGCAAUCAAAACACCAUUCACAGGCUUUGAGAAGAUGAAAGGUUCAAUUAAAUACAUUAAAGAAUACAAAGGAUUUACAAGCAAUGCAGAUAUUGAGUUUUCUGGAAAGAAAAUUGAAGCUGAGGCUAAGUCAAGCUGGAGACAAGCAGUAACAGGAUCUCUUUCUAUAAGGACACCGUAUGAAACACUCAGAAGCUCCUCUGCAGAAUUCACCAUUGAUGGAACCUUCCCAAAGAUUCAGACUGAAAUGAGCGUUUUACAUUCUGAACAAAAGUAUUACCUCAGUGGUAAAAUUGAUAAUGGUAAUGGUCAAUUAAUGAUAAAUACACCUUUCACGGGUUUUGAAGCCCUAAAAUCUUCUUUCAGUUAUGAAGGCACCAAGGAAAACAUGCACACUGAAGCAAGGAUUAAUUAUAUGACCGGAGAGGAUAUCUUCGUUUCAUUCCAAAACGUUCAGACCAGUGAAAGUCUUCAGACAAAAGCUAGAAUUGAAACACCAUAUAUUGAAGAUAUAUCUUUUGAUUUGAACUUCAAUGGACAACUAACUGACUUUUCGAACACGUUAACUAUUACGAUGGGCGAGGCCAACGUAGCUACUUCCACAACAACUUUUAAACUUCAAGGCACUUCUCUUGACCUUGAUACAUCACUCCGUAGCACGUUUUCUGGAUAUUCUGAUGAACAGAAAUUAAGUGUUUCAUACGAAGGACUUUUGCCAAACAUGAAAGCAUCUGCAAAUGCCAAAUUGCUUGGUAGCUACUUCUCUUUUGAUACAUCCUUGCAAGUUGAUGACACCAUAAAUGGUAUGAUUGCUCUCAAGACACCUUUUGCUAAUCUGAAAGAUGUUGCUUUCAAUUUUGACCAUGCCGGAUCGUCUAGACGAUUUACGACCAAAUCUGAAGUUCAGUACGAUACCAACAAAAAGAUCGAGGGAACCCUUCAGUAUGUUAAAUAUGGAUGGAGGAGACUACAAACUUCAUUAGAUGUCCGAACACCAUUUGCUGGAUUUGAAAUAUCUAAAGCGUCUUACCGCCACACAGCUUCUGUUGAUAGUUUUGAAAGUGACGCUGAUGUUAGUUUUAUGAACAAAGACUUCAGCGGAAAUAUACGUGCGUCUAUGACACCCUUGAGUGCAUCUAUUUCCGCUACAACACCAUUUGAUGGAUUUGAGCAAAUUGGAGCUGACUCAAAGCUGACAUACAGCACUGGGACAUUUAACGCUGAAGCUAAUGUUCAGUACAUGCAGGGCAAAACAAUAUCUCUUUCAUCUAGUGCAGAUAUAAUUUCAACGCCAAAAUCAGCAAACAUCAAGCUUACAACUCCUUUUCAGGGAUUUGAAAACUCCGAAAUCAUACUGAGUACCAGCGGUGAUUUAAGUAACUUUCAGUCUACUAUGGCGGUCUCAUCACCCUUUACUCCUGCCCUGCGCGCACGGGCAAAUAUGAGAUAUACUUCAUUGAAAAACAUGGAAGGAUCCGUUACUUUCAGCAGCCAAAUCAAAAACUUUGAAAAUCUGAGAUUUACUUUGAAAAAUGAGGCUAACCGUGCAAAAUAUGACAGCAAAAUAGAGAUGUCUUGGGCUCCAGCAAAAUCAAUCACCUUUGAUGGAUCGUUUACAGACAAAAGAUACGAAAUGAGUGCCGAUAUGACAUUAUCAACUCCAUUCCAAGCUAUGAGACAGCUGAAUUUAAAAUCUGAAACAACUAACCAGUGGUUAAUCUCUCAGAAACUUUAUGGAAAAUACAAUGGAAAAGUUUUUGCUGAUCUGGACCUUAGCGCAAAUUAUGGGAACAAAAAGUCGGCUUCAUUGCUCAUGCGUUCACCAAGGACACUACUAGUUGAACUUGAAGGGUCUGUGGAAAGCAAAUACGAGGCAGCUUUAACCGUGUCAUCUGAUAUUACCAACGUGAAUAAUGGUGUUAAAAUUAAUGGUGUAUUUGACCCAAGAACAAAUGCCCUUUCAAUAAAAUACACUUGCCCAAUGAACACUAUAUCUCUCGACGGCACCUUCGACAAAUCUAACACCAAAUUUGACAUGAUUAUGAAUGGCAACCGUUAUGGCUAUGACAUGGCAAUCACUGGCACUGAUGGACAGAUCAAAUUUAUUUUGCCAAGCAGAAGUUUGAAAGUAAGUGGGUCACAAUCCGCUGGUGCAACAGAAGGUUCGUUCAUGUGGGAUGCUGACAAAGAUGAGACGAGAAAAAUUGGAUUUCGAUCAAUUCUGAGACCAACCAGUGACUCAGUGAAGGCUGACAUCACGCUUAUGAUGCCAAGCAUUGGAAAGGAAGUCCAGAUCGAUUCACAAAUGAGUUUGAACAAGGGGCGUAUUCUCUUUGACGGAAAAACUGAACUGACAUAUUCACGAGACAGCCGGAAGAAGUUCACAAUAAUGUCCCGUCUAGAGGACGUCUCAAACAGCUGGUCAGCUAAAAAUUACAGCUUCACCUUCGGCAUCAGUCAUCCAUAUACAAGCGUUGAUGUCCAGGUGUCAUCUCAGUUUGGAAACUCAAACCAGAAAAUUACAGGCGGUAUCAACAUGAAUUACCUAACGGUGAAGAGAGACGUCAAAACAUUCUCAGUGAAUGGUGAAAUUGAUAAAGCCCGCAAUGCGUUCUCCCUAGAUAUGGACACACCUAUGAAGAAGAUAGGAAUCAAUGGUAACGCCCAAACUGUUUCUCCAUACCGCCUCUCGCUAACUAACAAAUACGACGCCAAGCGUCCACUGAAUACAGUCUUCUCAUUUGACCCAAGCAAACGAAGUAUUGACUUCCAGAUGAACUACGAUCUAGACAAUCCAAGCAGUGAGUUGCAUCUCAGCGCCAAGUAUGUAAACAGUUCUGCUGUUGCUGCCGAGAUGUUCCAUGUUGUAAACAGACAGAGAGUCACUGAUGUUCUUCUUGCUCUCAGACUUAACACUUCAAGUCUGCUUCAUAGCCAUAUUCACUGGAGACCAGACAUGAUCAAUGAUCUAAAGGCCUUGUCCGACAGAAAAAUGAAUACAUAUGAACGUCGUCUUAGAAAUUUCGCUGAUGUAGCCCUUAACCAUAUGACUUCUGAACUCGAACAAAAGACUCAACUGAUUGGCAACUCUUUUGCUGAGGAAGUAGAGCCAGUUGCCGCCAUUGCUGAAGAGAAUCUGGAAACGCUAUCUAAGAUGUACGAGACCAAUGAAUAUUACAUCAGAGAUAUAACUGAUGCUGUUGUUCUGAACCUAGCACAAAUGGAAGAGCUAUCGGAAGAAUACAUCAAUCUCCUCAGAGCGAAAAUAGAAGAGAGACUUGCUCACUGUUUGGGAAACUGCAGAGAAACACUUCAGGAUACGCUGACAAAAGUUGAAGAAGCAACUGGAUACAUAGCGUUGAAGACGGUUUAUUUUUACAGGAAAUAUACAGAUCAUGCAUACAAUAUCAGCAAACCAGUGAUUGAAACUGUCAAUGACAAAUACAAAUCUUACGUGCAAUAUAUGAACCAGCUCAACACUUCUCCUCUUUCAAACAUGGCUGAUGCAUACACCUCUGCCAUUUAUGGAACCCGUGACGUCAUCAGCACAAGAUUGUCACCACUGAUGGAUCGAAAUGAUGUCAGAUAUGUCAAGUCAAUUUCCGACAGAGUAUAUCAAGAGGGCCAAAAUGCGUACAAAUACUGGGAGAUUCGCGAAAAUACAGAGAUGGUUGGAAAAGCAGUUGCCGACUGGAUAAGAGAGGAAAUCGAAAAAGAAAUCUCAGAUAUCAGAGCCACUGUCAUGAACCUAUUGAAAUCAAAAGUUACAGUCUACGAUCUCAAAAAUGGAGAAAUUCAAAUGGAAUUCCACCUCCCAGUUCCUCUUAAAUCAUUGGACGUUAUCCCAAAAGUUGACUUCAUGCCAUACGUAGUAAAGGCCAAGUCAUAUAUUCCAAAUAUGCCUUCAUUGUCCAUGCCAUCAACUGACGUCACAACAUGGCUGCCACCUUUUGAUGCCAUGGCAACAGUCGAAGGUAACAAAAUAACAACAUUUGAUGGUUUGACAUAUGACAUGGACAGUAGCUGUACAUUCAUGCUUGCACGAGACUAUGUCAAUUCCAACUUCUCUGUUAUCCUAAACAGGGAUGGAAACAACAAAACCAUGGUUAUCGUCAAAGGACAAACUUCCAUCAAAAUGUUCUCUAAUGGAAAGGUCGCUGUAAAUAACAUGCCAGUUGAACUACCAGCUAUUCUCAAGGACGUUACAGUUACAUCCCUUGAUGGUCACGUGACAGUAAACGUUGCUGGUCACCUGAAUAUCGACUACUACAAAGAUCUCGAUACAUAUAUGGUCAAACUGAAUGGAUAUUACUACGGCAAGACCAAAGGUCUCCUUGGUUCCUAUGACAACGAGCCAUCCAAUGAUAUGAUGACGUCGUUUGGAAAGGUCACUAGCUCUACCGAGAGAUUUGCUAAGACCUGGGACGUAGGCACUGAACGUUGCCGUUAAACACAGGACAUGAUAAACUGACUUAAUAAACUGACCAAGAAAACAAACAACAUGAGAUUAUAAAACUUUUGAUUAAAACUGAUUUUAUUUUUGAUUUAUCUUUAAAAAAUACUGACAUUUACAGACUUUUUUUAACUCCUAAGCCUUAAAACUUUAAAGUUCAUAACUUUGAUAUAUUAAUCUAUGAUAUUUUCUCAUAGUACAAAUAUUUGUAUUCUGAGCACAAAGCAUGCAAUGCAACUGCAUACAUCCAAAAUUAUGUAAACAAAACUGUUUGUCUAAUAAAUCAAUAAAAUGAAAUGAAAGCAUA